AUGUCUUUCUUCGGUUUUGACAACCAGAUCGACCUAGAAAGUGAAAGGCGCAGAUUUCUCGAGGGAGAAGGGCAGGGGCAAAGGGAGGACAUCGCGGUGUAUACAUGGGGCGAACAGGGCUAUGACGGUCUUGGAAACGAGUUGCAGGAGGGCGGCGAUGAUCUGAACGAUGAGACGUUUGGAGCAUCGGGACAGGUUGGCAAGGACUUCGACUUCUCGCAGUCCGUCUUACCUUCGGAUGGUUUGCCUCAAGCAGCCCCUUCCCGCGCUCAGCAGGCAGCGACCCAGAUUCUGGAGCAGCCCCCAUCUCAGCCUGUCCAGUCGUCCGCACCGUCCCGUUCAACGCACUCUUUGGAAUCUGUGUGGGAUGACAAGUCUCCCUUUUCCGUUCUUGGGCGCAUGAGUGGGGCGAGCCGGGCGACAGAACAGCAUCAUGCGUCGCACACUCCGUCACAGUCGCAGUCGUUCAAGUUCUCUCCAUUCGGUUCGACUAGCAAUGACGCCCUACCUGCUUCUCAAACUUCAGGCGGGAUGAGCAGUGGCCUGGCGAAGGGUGCCUACACGCUGGAAGAGGUAGAAGCGGAGAUGCGCGCCAAGGCAGCCCUGCAGCAUCAACAGCAGCAACAGCAGCAGCAGCUUCACAUCGCACAACCUAGCUCCCUCACGCAGGCCCAACUUCGUGGACAGAUCCCGCGUCAGGGCACGCCUCAGCACGCAGCUUCGCCACCUCCGCGUAUGCACCCACAUUCCCAAUCGCCGCGCUUCCACCAACAGCAGCAGCAGCAUCAGAUCCACCUCAUGCAUAUUCACCAGCAGCAACAGGAGCGCCAGCUCCUCGAGCUUUCCCGGCAGCGCGAGCGGCAGAAGCUGUUGCAGGAGCAGCAGCUUCUCCAACAGCAGCAGCAGCAACAGAUCAUGGAGCAGCUGCGCCUGGAGGAGAUCGAGCGUGCGCGACAGAUCCGAUUGCAGCAAAUGCAAUCCGCGAACCACCUUCAUAGUCCCCUUCUACAUCAACGACAGAGCCCAGCGCUGUCCGAUAGACAUCCGCGUUCAAUUGGUCGCCAGUCCCCUGCCAUGGUAGCCGGCGUCGGUGGGCUCGGCGGCGCACCGGUAGACGUGCCCUUCCAGCAGAGCAUGUCGUACUUGCCACAGGACAUUCAGUUGCAGCAGCGUCUCCUCGCAGAGAUGGCCCAAGCAGAGUUCCUGAAUAGCAUGCAGGGCGGACCGCAGAGCGAGCGCGAGAUCAGGGAGGAGCGCGAGAUGCAAGAGAUUCUGCGGGCGGAAGCCAUGCGCAAGAUCAUGGAGGCGGAGCGCAGUGAUCAGAAGCGUAGGCGAAAACAGGCGAAAAUCCAGCAUAUGUCGCGCUACAACGAUCUGAUGACCCAGUCGGACAAAGACUUCAUCACUCGCAUACAGGUCUCGCAGCUCGUCACGCAGGAUCCAUAUGCGGACGAUUUCUACGCGCAGGUCUACGGGGCCCUCAUUCGCUCACGCAUGGGCGUGCAAACUCAGGACGAUCGCAUUCUCAAGUUCGGCUCCGGUGUAGGUGUCGGUCUUGGGCCCGGUCAGAAGGGAUCUGGACGCCGGCCCAGCGCGAUGCAGCGUAUGGAGGCUCAGGUAGAACGGAUUGUCAACAACGCGAAGAUGAGAGAGAAGGAGAAAAUCACCCUCAACAGUCUCCAAGGCGCGUUGGGCAAGACGUCUGGUCGCAGCUACAAGGCUGCCCCUCGUCAGCUUCUCCAGGUCGAUUCGUCCUCCUCGCCCACACCGUCGCCUGCACACGCACACAUCUCCAAAUCGGACGUAGAGCCGCGUAAGGAUGGGCUGAGCGCUGCGCAUGAGGCUGCAAAGAUCGGACACCAGGCUCUGGGCGGUGCCGCAAAUAGCGAGGGUGUCAUUGCCAAGGACCCGCUGACGCAUCGAGAGGCCCUCAUGAUUCUGGAGCGCUUGUACGACCUUGUACUCGACAUCGAGCAGCUGCGUCGCGAUCAACCCUCGCCUGAGGAUGACCCAGAAGCUCAGGAAGCUUGGGAAAUCGAAUUGAGCGCUCGAGUGGAGCAACUGUCGAAUGGCCUUCGUCUGAAUGUCUACCUUGAGACUAGCGUCCCGCACCCAUUCAUCUCCCUUCUCAUGCCGAUCAAGGGCAAGAGGCUGCUUCCGCGCGUUGCACGCCACCUUCCCUCAGAGCGAUUGCUGAUCAUGCUCUCGCUCAUUAUCGCCUGUUUCUACCAACUGGACGUUGUCAUCGAGUCCCCUAUGCUCGACACGCUGGAAGAGACCGAGGAACGCACAGAAUCGGAGCAUCACUCGCAGGUCUUCUUGUCCAGCCUCGUUCAAAGUGUUCUGCCUGCCAUCGGCAAGUUGGGCCUGGACAUGCUGACGGGGCUGCUGGGCAUGCUGUUCAAGUACAACGACGUCGCAGCAGUAGCAAGGACUCCUGCUGGAAUUGCCUUGCUGACGAUGUUUCUCAGCCGGGUGCAGAACAUCAAAGAGGCGAUCUCGUCGACGCCAAUGGCGAUCUCAGAACCUGAGUUGCCGACCCCCGAGGAUGAGCGGCGAUGGCAGGAAGUAUUCGAUGAGCUGUUCAAUGUGCUCGCGCCAGGUCUGCUGCUCCUUUUCCCUUCCAUCCGCAUUUCCAAAAACAGCGGGGGUAUACCCUACGGGAAAGUCCCAGGCACGGAUGACAUCGAUCAGCCAGUGUGGCAAUUCCUGGCGGCGAUGGCAGUACACUCGUCCAUGGAACAGCAACAGUACCUCGUGACAGCGCUGCGCGAGCUCGUACUGGAGAAUGUCAGCUCUGUCCGGAGGGGAUUCGUCGCCAGCGAAGAAGAGCGAGAGAAGCGGCUGAGCAACCUCUCAAAUUGCUGUGUAAUAUAA